AGAGCGGAUGAUGAUCCUGCAUUCUUCUACAGGCUGAAAUUUGGGGAACAUAACAACAUUGUCAGCUACUUUUGGCGAGAUUCAAUGAUGUUGGAGGACUUCAAAGCAUAUGGAGAUGUUAUGAUAUUCGACACAACAUAUAGGACAAACAAAUAUGGACUGAUAUGUGCACCAUUUGUUGGCAUAAACUGCUAUUGGAAAACAACAAUGUUUGCAUGUGCUUUCAUAACUAAUGAAAAGGAAGAGAGCUUUGAAUGGCUACUAGAAACAUUCAAGAGAGCAAUGUGCCAACAAGAGCCAAAGACAAUUUUCACUGAUCAAGAUAAGGCAAUGGGCAAUGCAAUUGAAAAGGUUUUCCCAAAUUCAAGACAUAGGCUUUGCCUUUGGCAUAUAGAGAAGAACUUUGUAAGCCACUUCGGAUCCCUCAAGACCAAUGAAGACUUCAAGAACAUGUUCAAGAACUGCUUGAUGGGGUGUCAAAAUGAAUCAGGCUUUGAAGAAUUGUGGGCGAAAAUGAUGGAAAUGUAUGGACACGAGAAAAAGGAAUGGUUCGAACAAGUAUAUGAUCAGAGACACAAGUGGUGCACCGCGUCAAAUAAGGAUAUGUUUUUCAGGUAG